AUGUGCUCAUUGAUGAACUAAAUUUGCAUAUGUUGAAAAAACUGCGUUUAAUGGAAACUGAAGUGGUAACAGAUGAAAAAACAAAUGAUUCAAAAACAACUGGUGUAACUAGCAUUGCUGAGGACACUGUCAAUGAACAAUCUACAAUUGAAUCAAUUGAAUACAAGAAAAUUCUACAUGGAAAGUGGAUUAUUGAUCUAUACAAUGUUUCGAAUGCUUUUCAUCAGUAUCAAAUAACUAAUAUUGACAAACUGGAAAGUGGUGAAGGUUUCCAAUUUUCAUCAGAUUGGGAAGCUAUCUU